CUGUACAAGCACUUGUAAUGUAAACCCUAAAAUAGCUUCAAUCACAAUUUGUCAACUCACACAACAUAUACAAAAUAAAUAAAAUUAUAAAAAUCCGAAAUGAAAUGAUUUUUAUGGUUCUUGAAAUAAUCGUUCAAGCAGGUGAUGAAAUGAAACCUUAGAGAGGAAGGUGAACAGCAGAAGAUGUCAUUUGAAGCAGUGCAGCACACUAAUUCCAAUUAGCGCGCGUAGAUUGUGCGGCACUGCCUCAAUUUUCGUCUUCCAUUUCUCGCAUUCACUUUCUUAGGGAUUGUGAAUUUGAAUUUCAUAUCAUUUCAUUUCAAAUCAAUACAACACUCUCUUACACUCACAAAAUUGUAACCGUUUCUCUGAAUGCAUGGAGGAACAACAACAACAGCCACAACAAGAGAAGCGUCCUCUUUCUCUCGACUGGAACGCUCUAAUCGACGGCGAUGAAGCGCCGCCGGCGGAACUUGUCGUGAAGUCUUCUGUUAUGACGUCUGAUCAGGAGCCUCCGGUUUUCAUCGAAGGUCUUGAUCGACUGAAAGAUUACGAACUCGAGGAACAAAUUCGGAGAAAGAAGAAGCUUCUCGAGACUUCCGGUAAAAAGUUACCCGAUGGAGGGGCUAAACUUCGUGCUAUGGUCAAACGCUAUGAAGAAGAGUUUAAUAGCCGAAAAUCCAACCCUCGUCCUCAGAAAGUUGACGAGGAGCAGAAGCCAGUACAGGCUACAAGCUCAGGUGCUGUUGGUGAGGGUGUGGCUAAUGACUUGAGACAAGAGUGUUUGCCAUCUCGACCACAGUCACAACCCUCUUUUGCAACUUGUUUUUACAAGAAAAUAGAAGAUAAUCAGACUAAUUGUGCGGCUGUUGAUGCAUUUAGCGAAGAGAUGCCGCAUUUCAAGCAAUGCAAAAAUGCCAACAACCAAACAGUGAGCCACAAUGGAGAACAUAAAAGAAGAAAGAGACACCGUCGAUCAUCUUCAAGACAUUUGCCAUAUAAAUGUCCCAGCAAACCUUCCAAACGUGAUACUUCUGAUGAUGAUAAAAGUUGCCGAGCAAAUUCUACUUUAUCCGUACGGACCAUUAAAAUGAACCUAUCAAGACGCUUAUCAAAAGAAAAGGGUGCAUCUCAGGAAAUUCAAUCAGAUUGCUCAAGGUCCCGGAAGGGUCAACCCAUUGUUCUUGAUGACGACGACGACGACGACGAAGAAGAAGAUCCUCAUGUUCUGGAGAAAACAGAAUACAAAGUUCCUGAAUAUUUGAAAGAAGCCAAGACCUAUUUUCCAUCAAGAGAUGAUCCAGAGUCUGUUGAAAUUUGUUAUAAUGACAUGGAAUGCCUUGCCCCUGAAGGCUACUUAACAUCGACUAUCAUGAACUUUUACAUACGAUAUUUGCAGCAGCAAGUAUCUCCGACAAUAUCUGACUACCAUUUUUUCAACACAUAUUUCUACAAAAAACUUAAAGAAGCUGUUUCCUGCAAGGAAAGUAACAGAGAGACGAUCUUUGCAAAGUUCAGAAGGUGGUGGAAGGGUGUAAAUAUUUUUCAAAAGGCCUAUGUUUUGAUUCCUAUACACCAGGAUCUUCAUUGGAGCUUGAUCAUUAUUUGUAUCCCAGACAAAGAAGAUGAAUCAGGACCAAUCAUACUUCAUCUGGAUUCUUUGGGUCUUCACUCGAGUAGAUCAGUUUUUAAUAAUAUUAGAAGCUAUUUGAUUGAAGAAAGGAACUAUUUGAGUCGAGAAUGUGCAUCUUCAGAUGUUCCAAUUGCAGACAGAAUAUGGAAGUGUCUUUCUCGUAGAAUUGAAACUCAAGCUAUAGCCGUUCCCCAACAGAAGAAUGAGUAUGACUGUGGUCUUUUUGUACUAUACUUCAUUGAGCGUUUCAUGGAAGAGGCACCUGAAAGACUGAGAAAGAAAGAUUUAGCAAUGUUUGGUAAGCGGUGGUUCAAACCCGAAGAGGCAUCCAGUUUGAGAGUGAAAAUCAAGAAGUUGCUUGUAGCAGAACUACAUAAUUCAAUCAGGCAUGAUGAUGGUAUGUCAGAAUCUUCUCCGUCAUCUACUGCCCCUGCAACUGAAUGCGUUGAGACUGCCAAGGAUGAUUCGCUGAUCAACGAUGGCGUCGUGAAGUGCAACCCUGACAUAAUUGAAUGAACAAUAUGUUAAUAGUCCAUAUAGUUGAAGUUGGUGCUUUUUACCGUGUACAUACACCAGCUAUUCAGUUGGUAAUUUUGGAUGUGCAGUUUCCUAUGGUCUGGUAAAUAGUCCAACGACUUUUCAUACAAGAAAAGGUGGCUGACAUUUUGUUAUGGCCAAAUAACAGUCAAAUUGUUCAGUUUCUAACCAUUUCUUGUGUGUUAGGAGUUCCUUCUAAAUGUAUAGCAGGAAACAGUUUAUAGCUGACGACUAGAGAUAAUAGGAUCGAAGUUGAAUCUGCGAGAAUUAUGUACUUUUAAUAACUGAUCUUUUAUAACUUCAAUUUUAGUUGUCUUAAUUUCAAAAAGAUCUUUUAUGUUUU